AUGCCUCGACAAAAGGCCCACAUACAAGCCAGAACAGCAAAUCUUCCGAAAGCAAAUGCACUUCCCAGUACUCCAAAAAAGAAACGGCCUCAGUCUGUUCUUACCCCGCAGACAAGGUCACGUCACUCGAAGAAGACACGCGUCGAACGCGUCGAACGCGUCGAACGCGUCGAGAAUGACGAGAAUCUGGCCGAGGCCAACGAAACGCACUCGGAUGAUCCUUUCAUCUCUAACAUGGGAAAAUUCAAAUGUGCGGGCUUCACACGCGAGCUGCUUACUCGCGCUCCCGAAUCGUUUCUGUAUAGCGACGAGCCAAUCUUCGAUGUGGACAGCCUAAUGGACAAUGAGUGGGAGCCUCAUGACGAUGAAGAAACAGAACAGACCGAAUAUGUCCAUCCAGAGUUUGAUGAACUUCUCGCAUCUCCAGCUGGAACAUUUCCCUACGAUGGUUAUCCACGUCCUGCACCCUCAGCAGAAUAUGUUGCAAAAAUGAAAGAGGCUGGUCGACGUGUUGUGUUUUCAGCGCCGGAUAUCACUUCUGCGCAUGAUGCUCUUGUCGACUUGCUGUUGCUGAUGAAGGGUGAAAUCCGAGGACCAAACAGCAAAGGAUACAAGAAAACAACUUUUGAUACUCAUGUCCGUGCUCGACUGGAAGGCAUGCGAACUCUUCUCUCGAUGUAUACAACCCCACGCUCAAUGACUUAUGAAAACUGGUCGGAGUCGGCUCUCCAGGCGGCGAUUGCUGUGGGAAGGGGAAAGAACUGUGCAAGAGUGUUUGCUGAGCUUGCGCGUGCUUUCAUCGAGGAUCGCCGAGUGCUCCCAAUCAAUCCAUAUGGCAAAUCUAAUGCACCAGUGUUGAACAACGAGGACCUCGAUGUAAAAGUUCGUGUGGAGUUACUCGGAAAAGAAAUUACGGCGGAAAAAGUGCAAGCAAUCGUGAACCGACAAGAUAUUAGAGAGGAGUUUGGCCUCGGCUCGCCUAUCAGCCUCCGUACAGCACAGCGAUAUCUCAGCAAACUGGGUUUUUGUCUCAUUGCGUACAGAUUUGGAUAUGCGAAAAAAGGCCAGUACUCUGACGGACAUGAGCGGGAGGAUGUUGUUGUUUAUCGAGAAGAAACAUACCUUCCAACUCUCAAAGAUUUUGAAGACCGUUCCUAUGUCUACCACUCUGAUGGAACUAUCGACAUCCCUCGUUUACCGCCAGGUGUCCGUCCUACGUGCAUUUGGUACCAUGAUGAAUCCAUCUUCUAUGGACAUGACAGACGGCGAAAGCUUUGGCAGGAUACAGCCGCUGGAGCGAAGCCAUAUCAGAAGGGCGAGGGAGGGUCAUUUAUGGUGGCUGACUACUUUUCGGCCAAUUUUGGGUGGCUGCGAGGAGUGAAUGGCGAGACAGCUCGACGGACUAUGCGUCCUGGAAAGAAUCGGGAUGGUUACUUCAGUGCCGCAGACAUUGAAGAGCAAGCGAGUACUGCAUGUUCCAUCGUUAUGGCCCGCUGGCCCGAGUUCGAUCAUGUUUUCAUUUACGACAACGCCGACCACUCACUGUGCUCAGCUGGAGGGGCAGACGAUGAAGGUGGUGGCGAGGGUGAGAAGAGACCGAAGAGGCAAGCUAAAAAGCCGUCAAAGAAGAAGCCGCCUGAAGUCGAGAAUGAGACCCGAAAGAAGAAGCGGAAGAAAGCAAAGCCUACCAAAGACCCCAAAGACGCCAACUUUCUCGUUCAAAUCAACAAGCUGAAUCCCGACCAGACCCCGAUGUACGACAAGCAUGGUGAACGAGUAAAAGAAGAGAUCCAAAUGACUGGUGCAAUGUUUGCCGACAGAACACCUCAAUCACUCUAUUUCCCUGCCAAUGCUGACAAGUAUGCUGGCAAAUUCAAGGGUAUGGCGGUCAUCUUAGAGGAGCGUCGAUUGCGUGGGGACCUGGGGUCAGAGAUGAAGAAGGAAGAGCUGGCAGGAAAGGCUGCCUGGGCUGUGAAGCGGUAUAAGGGACAUCGCAUGCUGCCUUCAGAGUUCCGUGAAGAGCUUGAAAAGGCAGAGCUGGAAGCAAAAGAGAAGGCCGAGAAGGCACAUCGUUGA